AUGUUGACGUCGAACUAUUACGACAGAUUCUCCAGUGGAAAUGGAGGUAUUGAUUCCGGUGACUGGAAAAGAAAUAAGCCUUCAUUUGACUUGGCUGAGUCUGUUCGGAAAUUGGACGAACAACUUGCACGAGUUCGAACUUCACCGUCCAAAGUAAUUUACGAAGGCAAGGAGGUCACAAUAUUUGUUGAUAUGAGAGGCUUUGCUCCUGAAGAAAUUGAGGUUUUCUUUUGA